AUGACGCGGAGGUCGUGCGCCAUCUACGCGGUGGGCGUCAUCUGCGCCACCCUGCUCGUUGUGGGCAUCGGCCUGAUGGCCAAGCAGGCAUUCCGCCAUCUGAUGCAUAACCGCCUCAAAAAGGAAAUUGUUUUGGUCGAGGGCAGCCGCGUUUUUGAGUCAUGGAAGAGGCCACCUCCUCCUGUGUACAUGGAGUACUUCUUCUUCAACGUCACUAAUGUAGAUGAGAUCCUCAAUGGCGGCAAGCCAGUGGUCAACCAGGUCGGGCCCUACACAUACAGGGAGUACAGAUAUAAGGACAAUGUGACCAUGGUGGACGAUGGCAAAAUGGUGUCAGGGUACAACACUAAAAGCUUCGUGUUCCUGAGGGACAAGUCUGUUGGCGACCCUGCGUUUGAUAACAUCACUACUGUCAAUAUACCCGCUUGGGCGGUGAUGAACAAAGUGAAAGGAAGCUUCUGGAAAGCCUCCAUGGUGUCCAUCUGGAUGAACUCUAUCGGGAGCGGCCUUUUCACCACUCGUACCGUGGACGAACUGCUGUGGGGCUACGAGGACCCCUUGCUGGUCCGCAUCGCUCCGAGCAAUCCGGAGGUCGAGACCACCUUUGGUCUAAUGUACAAGAAAAAUGGAAGCAACGAUGGGGAAUUUGUCUUUCACACCGGGGAGCAGAAUUAUUUGGACUAUGGCCGAGUGGAAACAUGGAAAGGCCAAAGCCAGCUGACCUUCUGGAAUUCAAACCAAAGCAACAGCAUCAACGGGUCUGAUGGGAGCGCCUUCCAUCCCCUCCUGAAAAGAGACGAGCGCAUUUACAUCUUUACCCCGGACCUUUGCAGGUCCAUCUAUAUGGAGUUUGAAAAGGAUGUGGAGGUGAGAGGAAUUCCAGCAUACCGCUUCACACCACCACGCUCCGUCUUGGCCAGCAAAGAGGAGAAUCCGGCCAACGAGGGUUUCUGUGUCACUCCAAAGGAGUGCCUGGGAACGGGCCUCCUCAAAGUUAGUCCUUGUCGGAAAGGUGCUCCAGUUGUGGCAUCUUUUCCACAUUUCUACCUUGCCGAUUCCAAAUAUGCGGCAGCUAUUGAAGGAAUGUCCCCUGAGAGAACUCACCACCAAACCUUCCUUGACCUAAACCCGACCACUGGCAUAAUCGUACGUGCAAACAAGAGAGCGCAAAUCAACAUCUUACUGAAUAGGAUUUCCGGAUUCCCGAAAACCAGAAAUAUAAACGACACCAUAUUCCCUGUCAUGUUCCUGAAUGAGAGUGUGGUUAUGGACGAGACUUCGGCAGCGAGGGUGCACAAGCUGCUGACGAUCGUCUCGGUGGUGUCUAACUUCCCACUCAUUUUCGUGGCUCUUGGCGGCAUCAUGCUGGUGGUCCUGAUCGUUCUGCUGAUUCGUGAACGCAAGCAGAAGGCAAGUACUGAGGACAACACAUCUUACUCUCCCGUGAACGAAAAGGAAAAAGAAGACCCUCAAAACGGAACUUAUAUUGGUCUGUCGUCCAAGGUGGACGCGCAAGCCUGA